UACACACACAGAUUCCCUAUGCACUUUUGCAUAGACAAUAAUCAUUCACCAUGUAUUGAAUGGAGUUAAUGCGGCUGCAUACACCUUGCGAAACCAUUGUGAUGAGGUUGUAUUUUUCAUUUUCCGAUACCGAUUGACUCCCCAAAAUCUGAUAUUUAGGCUUGUCGUGUCGGAAGAAGGCCCCUGCCAGCAGGGGAAAUCAGCCGAGAUUGGGCGGAUCGCAAGUAAGCACGUGAAGGUGCCUCCAACGUCCCGAAAAGCACCCUCGUCGCAAGGCAGUGACAAGGGGUCAGAUUCGGCGACGUCGGUCGUGGAAUUGAGAGAGUCCGAUAAGAAAAAAUCGAAGAAGACGAACAAGAGUCCCUCAGGCACAAUGAACCACUACCCCAGCAACGAACGACCUCAGAGUGAGACGGAGGAGAUGGAUACACAGGAGGCACCGAACGAAAACAUCCCCACCAAAGAGGAGACGUCCCCCACCCAGCCCCUGGGGGAUGACGUGGAUACAGGAGGGGGUGGUGGUGGGAGGGACGAGAACCCUGUGGUCAUGAAUGGGGACCUGACCACUGAACCGGGGCCGGACGAUCCAGAACAGGGAGAGAAGAUGGAAGAAGAUGGCAGUCGUUCGGAAGCCACCUUCUGCCAUACAGUCAACAACAUCAGCAAGCUGAAGGAGACUUCACUCAGUACGUCUAUCACCGUCAGGAACUUGCCAUGGAAAAUCAUGGCAAUGCCCCGGACGAGUCACAACAGUGCUGAGCGCAGCUCUCGAAGUUUGGGCUUCUUCUUACAGUGCAAUGCAGAAUCCGAUUCACAGCUUUGCAGAACAUGGUCGUGUCAGGCCACGGCUGAACUUCGGCUUCUGAAUCAAACAGGAGGACAAUCCCAUGUGAAAAAAAUCUCUCAUCUGUUCUACAGCAAGGAAAAUGACUGGGGUUUCAGUCAUUUCAUGGCAUGGAGUGACUUGUUAGAUCCAGAGAAGGGGUAUGUGAAGGAUGACGCCAUUACGUUGGAGGUUCACGUUGUGGCCGACGCCCCUCAUGGUGUUAGCUGGGACUCCAAGAAGCUAACUGGGUAUGUUGGUCUGAAGAAUCAAGGAGCGACGUGCUACAUGAACUCUUUGCUGCAGUGUCUAUUCUUCACCAAUGAACUCAGAAAGGCUGUGUACCUUAUGCCAACGGAAAGUGACGACUCUUCAAAAAGUGUGCCACUUGCGUUACAGAGGGUGUUCUACGAGCUGCAGCACAGCGAUAAACCUGUCAGUACCAAGAAACUCACAAAGUCAUUCGGGUGGGAGACGCUAGACUCCUUCAUGCAGCAUGAUGUACAGGAACUCUGCAGAGUGCUCCUGGAUAACAUCGAGAGCAAAAUGAAGAGUACAGUCGUCGAAGGAAUCAUUCCAAAACUCUUUGAAGGCAAAAUGAUUUCAUACAUCAAGUGUAAGUACAUCACAUACGAGUCAGGGAGAACUGAGCCAUUCUAUGACAUACAGCUCAAUAUCAAAGGCAAGAAAAAUGUACAUGAAUCCUUCAAAGACUACAUUGCCACGGAAACGAUGGAUGGGGAGAACAAGUACGAUGCAGGGGAACACGGCAUGCAGGAGGCAGAGAAAGGAGUGAUCUUCACCAAGUUUCCACCGGUCUUACACUUGCAGCUGAUGAGGUUUCAGUACGAUCCACAAACAGACUCCAAUGUCAAAAUCAACGACAGAUACGAGUUUCCUUUCAAGUUGAACCUGGACACCUUCAUGAAGGAGGAGGAGGAGACUUCUGCCGACUACACGCUGCAUUCUGUGCUGGUUCACAGUGGGGAUAACCAUGGCGGGCAUUAUGUGGGCUUCAUCAACCCCAAAGGAGACGGCAAGUGGUGUAAAUUUGAUGAUGACGUCGUCUCCCGGUGUACCAAAAUGGAAGCAAUAGACAACAACUUUGGUGGUCACGACGAGGACAUCUCAGUCAGGAACUGUACAAAUGCAUACAUGUUGGUCUACAUACGGGAUAGCUGUAUGAGUCGGGAUAUUUUAGAUGAAGUUGUCAUGAAGGACGUCCAGGAAGAUCAUAUUCCAGAGACGCUCAAGAGGAGGUUACAAGAAGAAAAGAAAUUAGAAGCACAAAGGAGAAAAGAGAGGACAGAGGCGCACCUGUACAUGACCAUUCAAGUGGUCGCAGAAGACCAGUUCUACGGUCACCAAGGCAACGACCUCUUUGACUUCGACAGAAUACGAUUCAAAGAGUUCAAGAUAAUGAAGUCAGCCAGCCUUGGGGACGGGCUAGAUGUGUUGUCUCAGUCAAUGGGCUACCGUAUCGAUCAGAUCAGGAUCUGGCCCUUCUCACAGCGGACCAAUCACACCUACAGGCCAACGUUACUAGAGAAUGAUGACCCGGUCAAACAGAUGAAUGAAGUAGCAGACGGAGACAGUGUAUGGACAGUGUUCCUUGAAACGCAAGAUCCUGAAGCACCGCAAGUCUGUCUGCCAUCAUUCGACAGAGAGAGUGAUGUUCUUUUGUUUCUGAAGCUCUACGACCCUAAGACAAAGAGUCUUUCCUACUGUGGGCAUGUCUACGUUCCUAUCACUACCAAAAUACAGGCACUUGUUCCACUGAUGAAUGAGAGGGCAGGCUUUCCGGAGACAACAGAACUCAUUUUAUAUGAGGAGGUGAAGCCUAACCUGACAGAGAAGAUAGAAGACCUGAGUCAACAGAUGGACAAGGGUCUAGAUGAGCUCAUGGAUGGUGAUAUUCUUGUAUUCCAAAAGGACGAUCCCGAUAAGAUGCAAUAUGACCUGCCGACGGCCCGAGACUACUUCCGCGACCUCUUCUGCCGGGAGGAGGUGACCUUCUGUGACAAGUCAAACCCUCGUGACCCGGGCUUCACGCUGGUCCUCUCCAACAAGAUGAACUACUUCCAGUUCGCCAAGGCGGUGGCCCAGCAUCUAGACACGGACAUGAUGUUACUUCAGUUCUUCAAGAGUCAAGGUCACAGAGAUGGACCUGGCCAUCCUCUAAGAUGUACGUUUGAAGGUACAUUACGAGAUCUCCUACCGCCCACCAAGUCAAGGCAACCUAGGAAACUCUACUAUCAGAUGUUGAAUAUCAGGAUAGAUGAACUAGAGAACAAGAGGCAGUUCAAGUGUAUAUGGGUCACAGAUAAGCUCAAGGAGGUGGAGGUUGUACUAUAUCCUAACAAGACGGACACAGUCAGAGACAUGUUGGAGGAAUCUAAGAAGCAUGUACAGCUCGCAGAGAAUGGCACUGGAAAACUUAGGUUAUUAGAUAUCAUCAGUAACAAGAUCUUCCAGCAGUUUGCAGAAGACACACCCAUCGAGAACCUGGCCUUACAGGGGACCAAGAUGUACAGACUAGAAGAAAUUCCUCAAGACCAAUACAAGUUAAGCGAUGAUGAGAUGAUAGUAUGUGUAGCUCACUUCCAGAAGGAUCUCUACAACACGUUUGGUACACCCUUCUUUGUCAGGUUAAGAGAGGGCGAGGCAUUCUCCAAUGUUAAGGAGAGGAUACGAGAGCAACUAGACGUCUCUGAGAAGGAGUUAGAAAAGAUCAAGUUUGCAAUAGUUGUGAUGGGUAGACAGACGUACAUCGGGGAAGAGCAAGAGUACACCGUACGACUGAAAGACUUCCAGCCACAGGGACAUGCAUCUAAUCCCCAGCCUAGGCCGUGGCUGGGUCUGGACCAUGUCAACAAGAACAAGCGACCCCGAUACAACUACGUGGAGAAACCCAUCAAGAUCUUGAACUGACAAACACUUAACAGACCCAGCCGUACGUACGUACCACCGCUGGAACAUUAUACAAAACACUUAGAAUUUACAUAGAUAUAAAUACCGGGGAUAUAAUGAUGGAGAUUUCGAUAAAUGGAAAACAGAUGGAGGGAUAGACGGACAGAUAUAUGGAUGGAUUGAUAGUUCAGUGGACAGAGGAGCCAGGAAAGGAAGGAUUUGUAACCAAAGAGCUUCAAGCUGCCAGCAGAGGAUUCUAGAGAGGAUGGAUGGAGGAGAGCCGAUGUGAAAGCAACGGCAGCGUCGAGAGAAGCACUUGUUAACACUGAAACGCCAUUGUCAUAGCUGUUAGGGAUCCAACACAUCUUUGUGAACAUGUGUCUUUACUGUGUGCCAAUUCCCCUCUUCAUGACCUUAACCUUUUCGUGACCCUCCCUGAGGAAACUUUUAAGAUUAAGAAAUGUAAAAAAUAAUGUCCGGGCUUGCUUAUAAAGCAACCAGUGCUGUUUCAAAAACGAUAAAUAGUGAUAUCUAAUUUUUUUAGAAUAAAAUGACUUCUCCUCAUACCAAUAAUCAUUGAUUUUCAUCUUCACCGCAAAUAUUGAGGUAUUGAGUUCAACCUGUGUAUAGAGUUUACUUAUGAAAAAUUGUUAAGAGUGGCCAAAGUAAACAGGAGGCCUUUAUAUAGUGAUGGCUACUAUAAGUGGUCUGACUGUCUGUCUGUCUAUAUUAGGCUAUUUUAUGCUGUAUUAAUUUUAACUUGUUUAGAUUAGUUACCCAAAAAUAAAAGUGGCCACUAUAAACAGGUGGAUUUAUAUAGCAGUGACCGUUGUAGUUAAUCUGUUUAUAUGGCUUGAUUUUGGUCUGGUCUGCAUUUAGAAUAGCAUCGAUUACACUUUCCCCAAAAGAUGACACUUAAAUCCUGCAAGGGUAAGAAAGAGAUUAAUUGGUUAUGAACCAUGGUCGUUGGCUGUGCUCAUACGAGAAUGGUUCUCCGCAGCACUGGCCGUAGCCUUGGAGACACACCCACAUCAUGUAGACUGGGAGACAUGCCCACAUCAUGUAGUCUGGGAGACACGCCCACAUCAUGUAGACUGGGAGACACUCCCACAUCAUGUAGACUGGGAGACACUCCCACACCAUGUAGACUGGGAGACACGCCCACGUCAUGUAGUCUGGGAGACACGCCAACAUCAUGUAGUCUGGGAUACACGCCCACAUCAUGCCACUCACACCUUUGUGUUUGCGCCAAGGCCAUCCAUGUGGGGUGCCUUGGCAUGGCACUUGUGUCGUCUGCAAAUCAAUGCUUAGAAAUGUAAUAGUUGGUAUAUGUAUACAUGUAGCAAUCCUCACGGCUGUUGCUUGUACCUUACAAUAGCAAGGUCAUUAUUAAAGUUGUUUAUAUUCUGUACACUUGCUUGGCCAUGUCCCUUUGACGUAAGUUUAUCAAAUGAUAAAUUGCACACCUUUGAAAUUCUUCUUAUCCAUUGCCACUUAAAGCCCCACCGCACUAGUUUGGCCAGGAGGGAUUAGACCUCCCUGCAUGGUCACAUAGUGCAGUGGGGCUUUAAACCACACAGUUCUGUCAAAUAUUAGUGCUGCUUGAAGGGCAUCUCUCCAGAGGCAUUCAAUUAAAGUCAUUUCUAGGAAAAGAAACAAAGUUGAUUUCCACUACAGUAUCGUUAUAGUGCAUUCACCCAAACUGGCAGCAUCUUGUAUAAUGUUCAUGUACUAAUAUAUAAUGUAUUAGCAUUGAUCUCAUGACAUCCCUCCAGCUUGUAAUUAUUCAGCGAUGAUUUUAUCUGUAUGUCAUGUCGACUCUGACAGUCCAAAAGUACACAGUAUUUUCAAAAUUCAAAUUUUAUCUUUCUUCUUUUUGAUGUUUCCUUUGUAUUUAUUUUCUUUCUUUUUUUUCCGGGAGAGGUAGAAUGGUUGUCACGGAAAUGAUGCUUUGCUCAAUCAAAGUUUUAUAAAUCAGAUGAUCAUCUUAUUUCUGUUUUUUUUUUCCUUCUUCAUAUCAACAAAAUACUCAAGUUAUGAAUUUUAACAAACAUAAUAACAUAUAACGUUAGUAGCAUUAUGAAUGUAAGUGAAAAGAUAAAGAAGUGUUUUCCCUAUAAACCUACAAUGUACAGCAGACUUAAAUAGAAAAGUCAGUUAUCAAUUACAUGAAUGUUGCACUAUUUAUAUUAUUUCAUUGCAUUAAUUGUUCAUAUUAUUCAUUGAAUACAAAGAAAAGAA